GGCGGCGGGCGACUUCCGGCAAUAAGCCUCCGCUCCGCCGUCAGGUGGGGACCGAGGGCGUCUGCGCUCCGGGCGGGGACUGAGGCGGCGCGCGCUCCAGGUGGGGACGGUGACCACCUCCCCAGCCGUCCCCGCGCCAGGAGAACUAUGCCAUUUUUGGGUCAGGACUGGAGAUCUCCUGGAUGGAGCUGGAUUAAGACAGAAGAUGGCUGGAAGAGAUGUGAAUCCUGGAGUCGGGACCUGGAAAGAGAGACUAACCCGCGUACUAUCAGUCACAGCAUUAUCUUAAAUAGUGACGAUGAAGAAAUAUUCAGUAAUGAAGAGCAGGAAUACACAUCCAAAAAGAGGAAAAAGGAUCAUUUUAGAAAUGAUACAGAUACUCAAUGUUUUUAUCGUGAGAAAUGGAUCUAUGUUCAUAAAGAAAGCACGAGAGAAAGGCACGGCUAUUGUACUUUGGGAGAGGCUUUUAAUCGCUUAGACUUCUCAAGUGCAAUUCAGGAUAUUCGAAGGUUCACCUACGUGGUCAAACUCCUGCAGCUAAUUGCGAAAUCCCAGUUAACGUCGCUGAGCGGCGUGGCGCAGAAGAAUUACUUCAACAUUUUGGACAAAAUCGUCCGGAAGGUCCUCGACGACCACCAGAACCCCCGCCUCAUCAAGGACCUCCUGCAGGACCUGAGCUCCACCCUGUGCAUCCUCAUCCGGGGCGUCGGGAAGUCGGUGCUGGUGGGAAACAUCAACAUCUGGAUCUGCCGUCUGGAGACCAUCCUCCACUGGCAGCAGCAGCUGCAGAACCUGCAGGUCACUAAGGUGAACGACGGCCUCACGCUCAGUGACCUCCCUUUGCACAUGCUCAACAACAUCCUGUACAGACUCUCCGAUGGCUGGGACAUCGUCACACUAGGCCAGGUGACCCCGACGCUGUCCAUGCUCAGCGAGGACAGGCAUCUGUGGAAGAAACUCUGUCAGUACCACUUUGCCGAGAAGCAGUUCUGCAGACAUCUGAUCCUGUCGGAGAAGGGCCACGUGGAGUGGAAGCUGAUGUACUUCGCGCUCCAGAAGCACUACCCGCCCCGGGAGCAGUAUGGGGACACCCUGCACUUCUGCCGACACUGCAGCAUCCUCUUCUGGAAGGACUGCCGCCUUGCUUUGUUGUUCAAGGACUCGGGGCAUCCCUGCACCGCCACCGACCCCGACAGUUGCUUCAUGCCUGUGUCUCCACAGCACUUCAUCGACCUGUUCAAGUUCUGAGGGCGCCCGCCCGCCUCCCGCCCUCCCGGUGGGAGGGGUUCACCGCGCUGUGCCGUCGCCGGGGAGCGACCUGAACGCGGACAACACACUCCCCCCUCCCCGCCUGGACAUGGCAGGGGCCUUGGUUUGUUGUGAAAGGGGUCGGGGAACCCAAGCAAAAUCAUUCCUGCUUUCUCUAAAAGUCCUCUUCAUCUAAGCCCAUUAAGGUUUGCACCUUUGCGUGUUUAUAAAUAUGGUUCAGUAAGAUUCUGGAUUUUUAGCACCACGUCUGUGCCAGACUGACACUAACAGCUAAUGCUGUGCUUAAUUGUCAAACCAUAGCUUCCUGAUUUUGUAGCAAUUAGGGGCAGGGGACAGAACAGUUGAUCCUUGUAAAUACGGGCGCAGAAUAUUUAUUUUUCUUAAUAUGUAUCUUAACUGCAUCAGUUGUGUCCAAGGGAGUCCUUGUCGAAUGCGAAGUGCGCCGAGGGUGCUGUGUGGCACCGUUGUGUCCGUGGUCAGUCUGUGGCCAGCCACGGUGUGGGUGGUGGGACCGCCCAGCGCAGCCUCCCCUUCACUGUCCUGGAAGUGCUUUCCUAGACAAAGUAAUAAAUCGUCUUUAUCGACUCAUCUGACUUCACUGAUUUUGCAUCUUCCUGAAAAAGUAGUGUCUGUGGUUUUGAUAUCGUUGAUUUAAUCCUUUAAAAGGUUGUUUUAUUUUUAAAAUAAUGCAUGUCUAUUUUAGAUGAUUUUGAAAAUAAAGGUGUUAUGAAAUAUACAAGUCCCCCGUCACCCUGCCCCCCGAGACCACUGUUCCUGCUACAAAGAGCGGUUCCCACCCCCGCGCUGUGGGAGAGCGGUGUGAACCCCCGAAAGUCACUGCUCCAUCCUCCUCUAAUGUUUUCUUCUUCUAAGCAUAUUAAGAUGGCUUGCGGUUUUGCGUGUUUGUAAAUAAAGAUUCUGGCUUUUCAGUGUCGCUGUCUGUGCUGACCUGGUGCUGAGGGCCA